GCCGUUGAGCAAUAUACAGUGUAGCAUCAGAUACAGCCCAGAUUUAGAUUUAGUCCAAACUAAUUUAGACGUCUAAACCCCCCCCCCCCCCCAAGAUAAUUAUCUCGGGAUUAUGGGAAAAUUAUACGGAUUGAAUACAUGCUAUGUCUUUCUUGAUGAAAGAUAUUUCCUCAAUAACUCGGGAAAAAAAUUCCAAUAAAUUUUUAUUUCCUACAAAAAAAUAGUUAAUUCUGAAAUAGUUUUCUAUUAAUUCAGAGAAACAGAAGAACAAUUUUUUGCAAGUAAAUGCACUUCCAAGUCAGAAAUUUUAUGUUCAUACAGCAUUAACUUGUAAAUAAGAUAAUCAUUGUGCCAAAUUAAUCAUAUAAAUAUACAAAGAUGUUUAUAUUUUUGCUUAUUCACUAGUUAUUGACAAACAACAAAUUUAUAACUUGUUAAGACAUAUUUCUACGAGAGCUACAAGAUAAUGACUUGUUUCCUCAAGUUAUUAGCAGAUAGCAUGCACAAGUAAGGAGGGAUUUUUUUAUUUACACCUAUUAAACAAACUAUAAUUAUUAUUAAUGACUUCUUCUGAUAUCUUACCAUUAGCGACAUGACAGAAUAAUUUUAGAUCAUAGAUUUUCAAUGCCCCAAACUAGGCACAACAAAAUCAAAAUGUUCCUACUUGAUAAUCACUUUUUGUGGACAAUUUAAUAUCUUGUUGGAGCAAGCGACUACCUUGUUCCUAAAGCAUAAAGAAAUACAUUUUUGGAAAAUUUUACAAACAAUGUAGCUAGAAAAACCAUGUUCCUCAAUCCUGCAGGUGUGUAAUUACUGACGCGGGUCAAUAGAGGGCAGACGCGGCUCUCUCAAGCUUAAGGAGGAAACCGUGGAAGAAGAAAAUAACAACCUAAGCUAAGUUAAAGCAUACAAUUCAAUAAAAGCUAGUACGUUUAAACACAGUUGUAACGUUUGACAGUAAGUUUCUUCGCAUGUUUUCCUCCACGACUCUCUAAGAAGGAGCUAUCUUCAGACGAGCGGGUUUUUGUUUUCUACUGCUGGCAGCAAGCAGCCAAACUCUGUUUAAGACUGUUUGUCCACAAAGAGACAGGAGCUACACACUCCUGUCAGAGCUGCUGGAAGUGCUGCAGGUCCAUUUCUCUGCACUGUUUGCAUUAUUCAGGCCGACAUGACAGGGGUGGCCUCUCCAGAGAAGGCGUCAAGCUCCAAGAAGAAGAGCGAGAGGAAAGGUGCCAACAAAGAGGAGUACAGACAGCUGUCCAACAUCAUGGGAGUCAUGAACAACCUGAGGAAACAGGUGAGUGUUUUUAAGAGUGUAUUCCCGUGACAGGGCUUUACAUUUGUGUUCUUUCUUCUUCUGAUAGUCUGUUUUAAUCUGUCAGGGUACCCUCUGUGAUGUGGUCCUGGUGGUUCAGGGGAAACACUUUCCUGCUCACAGAGUUGUGUUGGCAGCUGCCAGUCACUUCUUCAGCCUCAUGUUCACCAGUAAGUGUGCUCACAGAAACAUGUAAAAAAAGAGACAAACUUGAUAUUUUCCCACAAAAGUCAAGCUAGAGAGACCUUUCACCCUGUUGUUAAAGUGGAGUGUGAUAUAUAUAAAGACAGAUGUUACUGUGCAGUUAUGUGAAUACAUAGAAGUAAAAAAAAUAGAUAGACAUGAUUUGUCUCAGAUGUUUUGAAUUCAGUUGUAAAAAACAUCACAUAUCCUAAAGAUCUGCAGCCUCUUAGUUUGUGAUGUCUGCAUCAGUGCAGUGCAGUGAUUUGACUGGGUGAGGUGGCUAUGAUAAUAAAACCCUGUGCUGAUUGGCUGCCUGAAUGUUGGUUGCAGACCAGGGAGAAUGGAUGCAGAGGUGAAAGAACACCAAAUCAAUUAAAGCAAGUGCUCCAGAAGAAGAUUUGCCAGCACUGAGUCAAGUGUUUCUUAAACUAAACUGCAAAUGUUUUCUCGAAAUGGCAACACCUACUGAAGGAACAUCAUUUUCCUUCAGUAUUGUCAGUGUUGCUACGCUGAUGGAAAGGAAGGAUUUAUAUGUUAAGACAAGGAAAAAUGUGUUUUUCUUUAGAUGGAGCCUUUAAUGAAAAAGAUGUGUUUUCACUCAAAUAUACAAUCGACUGAAAUAUAAGCUCAAAAGAAAUAGCUGGGUUACUCACUAGGGUUUUGAAUAUUGUAAAACAGAAAAUUGAUGUCUAACUUUCUUUUUUUCUCUCUCCCCCAGCCAGAAUGAUGGAGUCAGUGUCCCAUGAGGUGGAGCUCAGAAGUGCUGAGCCUGAGAUCAUCGGGCUGCUGAUUGAAUUUAUUUACACGGCUCGGUAUGAAACCUUGCACACCAGCAAAAGAGUUGAUGAUUUAAGGGGACAAGCUUAAAAUGUGGCUUUCAGACUUUAAAGAGGAUUAGACCAUCCUUCCUGUUAUACCUGUUACUGUCACCUGGAGCCAUCAGAGCAAGCUUUUUAUUAAAGUGUGCAUGUGUGUGUGUUUUAGGAUCUCAGUGAACAGCGGCAAUGUCCAGUCGUUGCUGGAUGCUGCUAACCAGUACCAGAUUGAGCCUGUGAAGAAAAUGUGUGUGGAGUUCCUCAAAGGACAAAUUGAUGCAACAAACUGCCUCGGUAAGAGAAGUCUUUUUAUCUGACAAUUCUGUAUCUCCUCAGACUGACUGAUCCUUGUCCUGUCCCGCUGUAGGUAUUUGUGACCUGGCAGAAUGUAUGGACUGUCCUGAGCUAAAGGCAGCAGCAGAGGACUUUGUCCAGCUUCACUUCACUGAAGUCUAUAAACUGGAUGAGUUCCUGCAGCUGGAUGUCACACAGCUCAUACAUCUGCUGCACCAGGACAAACUUACCGUCCGUGCUGAGGCCCAGGUGUGCAUACUUGGACACUUUCUGUAAUAGAUUCUGUUACAAAGACAGGGCUGUGAAGUAUAACUACACAAGUUGCUUCCUUUCAUAACUUGGAUAACCAAUUUGAAGAAGCUGUAAGAUGACUACAGUUAGCGUUGUUGUAUUCUUGUUCCAGAUUUAUGAUGCUGCAGUGCGGUGGCUGAAGUACGACGUGUGCAACAGACAGCAGUACAUGGUGGAGGUGUUGGGGUGUGUCCGAUUUCCUCUGGUUUCCAAAACCUUCCUCUCUAAGACAGUGCAGGCCGAGCCGCUCAUCCAGGACAACCCACAGUGUCUGAAGAUGGUCAUUAGUAAGUGGGAGAGAAGGAAAACCACCAGUAUAUCCUAAUAAACAAGAUGUAUCACAAGAGUUUUCAGCACAAAUAUGUUGAUAUGAGCUCCCGUCUCCUAAAAACCUGACCUGAGUGAUCAUCAAUAUAAAGUGCACCUUUGAACUACAUCAUCUUUUAUUGUAGACCAUUCAGAUUUAUAAGAGAAAGAUGAUUUCUCUACUGCUUAGAUCUGCUGUGUUGGCAUCAGCACACACAUACGCAGAUGAGACAUAAAUAAACCAGCCUGUUCUUUUGUCCCAGGUGGGAUGCGAUACCACCUGCUGUCUCUGGAGGACCGUGAGGAUCUAGGGGAGAGCAGCCGACCGAGGCGCAAGAAGCACGACUAUCGGAUUGCUUUAUUUGGAGGCUCCCAGCCUCAGUCAUGCCGCUAUUUCAACCCGAAGGUAACUCUUUCUAGCCUCAUAAGUUACUUAUUUUUCCCACAUUAGUUUUUAAAAUCAAUAAUUGAAAUUUAAGACUCAUGAAUUUCCCAGUUUGACAUAUAAAAAGUAUUGAGCUCUGCAUCUGUUUGUCUUACUUUGAUAAGAUCUCUGAGAAAUAAAACCUGUAGCUUAAGUUUUGUACAGUUUGGUCCAUUAAAAUUAUCUGGGUGUCCAUGCAGGACUCCAGCUGGACAGACAUCCGCUGCCCCUUUGAGAAGCGCCGGGACGCCACUGCUGUCUUCUGGGACAACGUAGUCUACAUCCUUGGUGGCUCACAACUUUUCCCCAUCAAGCGCAUGGACUGUUACAAUGUCCUGAAGGACAGCUGGUACUCCAAGCUGGGCCCUCCCACGCCUCGAGACAGCCUGGCUGCCUGCGCCGCACAGGGGAAGAUCUACACGUCCGGGGGUUCUGAAGUGGGUGAGUUCAGAGAAGUAGAGAAGAGUUAAACUGGUGAGGGUGGAAAGACUUGUCAGCUCUGGAGGCAUUUCUCAUGGGGACAUGUUCUGUGUGUUUGCAGGCAGCUCUGCCCUCAACCUCUUUGAAUGUUACGACACCAGGACAGAGUCAUGGCAUGUGAAAGCGAGCAUGCUGAUGGCGCGCUGCAGCCACGGCUCUGUGGAGGCCAACGGGCUCAUCUACGUCUGCGGGGGGACCGUCGGCAACAACGUGUCAGGGAGAAUCCUUAACAACUGUGAGGCAUAUGACCCCAACACAUCACAGUGAGUCACACAGACACACAAAAAAAGUACCAAACUGCACAAUGCACAGAGUGUUUAGGAAACUGUUUCAGCUUUUUUGUCUUGUAUAAUGAUGUUUUUGUAAUGCUGCAGGUAAUUUUUUCAAUUAUCUAUCAUUUUACACACUCAUAAGAUUUCAUAAAAUGUGAUUAUAAAAAAGAUAGGCCAGGCUUAUCCGUGGGGGACCUCGCCUUUCUUUAGAGACAAAACAAUAAAAAUUCAGAGAGCUGCAGACCCUCGGUUGACUUUUAAACUCCUGAUACCCUCAGGGAAACACUCGAUAUCUUUGUUGAGGGCAAGACAGCUUCAAAUAUUCCUUGGUUCUGCUGGACAGAUGAGGUGAACAGACAAAGGGCCUCAAACAGAAAUAGGAGACUGACCUCAAAAGGUCAAUCAGCGAUGAUGAAUGGAGUGCUAUUGUGCGAAACACCAAAAAGUCCCCUCCAGAAAUAAGAACUCGGAUAACUCUGUUCAAAGUUCUGAACAGAGGCUAUUGGGAUCAUGCAAAACUAUAUAGAGUAGGGUUGAGGGACAACUUAGCAUGUUGGAGAUGUGGGGUUAAUUAAAUAUCACUUUGAUUGUGGGUCAAAACAUUAUAUAUCUGCCUGGUCUGUUACACUCUGCUUUCGUCUACCUGUGCCCCAGAUGGAGGGAGUUGAGCGGGAUGAGAGAAGCCAGAAAGAAUCACGGCCUGGCUGUGGUCAACAACAGGAUCUAUGCAGUUGGAGGACAGGGGGCGCUAGGUACAAAAGUAGAUGCACUCAUAACCACUACUUUGAUUUAGAUACAAAUAAGCCUGUAAAGACACACUAUAACACAUUUUUGGGAUGCUUUCUGGUUUAGGUGGACUGGACUCUGUUGAGUACUACGACAUAGCGACCAAUGAGUGGCGUACUGCUUCGCCCAUGCCAUGGCGAGGUGUAACAGUCAAAUGCGCAGCAGUUGGUGAUGUCAUCUAUGUGCUGGCAGGGUUCCAGGGCGUGGGGCGACUUGGACAUGUGCUGGAGUACCACACUGAGACUGACAGGUUAGUGUAAUGGAGUCAUGGUGAACUUAAGCGGCUUCAGCCUAUUCCUUUUCUGAAAAGACUUUUUAUAUCAGUGUGAUUUUUAUUUGUUUGUUUUUUUUUUUGUUUGUUUUUUUAAACCUAAAUAAAGCAUUCAUUCAUUCAUUCAUUCAUUCAUUCAACUUACUGGGUUUAUAAUAUCCAUAAAAUAAUUUUUAAUAGAAACAGCGAGUACUCUGACAUCUGUCCUGUUUUGCUGUUUGCACAAAUGUAAAUGAAAAAAGUGCUUACUGUGAUUUUAUCGUGUUUGACAGAUUUCCCAGAGUCCACCUACAUAACCCACUUCUAUGAACUUUGACCUGUUUUCCUGUUUGUUAAUGUCUCUAAAUGAAUUAUUGUAUUUGUGUCCAGGUGGCUGACCUGCAGCAAAGUGCGAGCCUUCCCCGUCACCAGCUGCCUUAUCUGCGUGGUCGACACGUGCGGCGUAAACGAGGACGAAGACAUGGACCUCAUAGACUCUCAGUCACACCCUGCAUCUGAUGUUUCUGCUGCCCCGUCUUCCUCAUCUGCCCCGGCCUCCUCAUCCUCAUAGAACAUGAGGGAGACGUCUCAGUGUACUGUAAAUAAGUUGUUACAUUUGUUGAUUUUGGAUGUGAAAGUGUCAGUGGACUGUGGAGCUGAUUCUCACAGACAGCAGGGCUGGACUUGUGUUGUGACCUAACAGUAAUAUAAAUAUAAACGGGAGUAUAUAUAUGCAGUAAACUGUCUACCAGUUAGAUUUCUUUACAUCUUUGUGACAGAGUUGUAGUUCCUUUUGUUAAAGUGGAAGUGGAAAGUUAUCCAUAAAUGUUAGUUUAAAGUGACGUAAAGUGAAAGAUUUUUGUUUUGAUAGAUCCUCGGAGUGCUUUAGUAAAAAAUCUAGUUACUGAGAAAAGAUGGAUCAAUAUCUUUGCAUUUUUGUAGCAUGUUCAUUAUGUAACUUUGCAAUGUUUAGACAUACUACAGCUGUUAUUUGUAGAUUUUUUGUUUUAUUGUGUGACUGAGUGACAGAACUUCUAACGGGGCUAAAACAAUAUCACUUAAUAUCAAUAUAUUUAUGGGAAACUUGACAAUUAAGCAACACUACCAGUCGAAUUGAUGGAGCAACACAUCAUGUUACAUUACUGCAUUAACAUUACAUGUCAUCAUCUAUUCCUAAUACUAGAGUUCAUAAUUUCUCCACACCACCUGCCCUGUGAUUGAAACUAAGAUGGAGAGGACAUUGCCUCACGAAACAAUUGUUUGUGGUGCUUUUAUUUUGAUAUAUUUUGCCUCCAGUGUUUUUAUUUCUUGCAUUGUAAAAUUAUGCUUUUAUUUUGAAAUGUUCUACUUUUGGUUGAUCAUUUGUCAAAGGCCUGAAUGUCAACAGGUAAAAGAGUGGUCAAAGUUAAUGUUAAGUUGAUUUGUAACCUAGAGAGGCACAAACUCUAACGUAUUUUUUUAAUGUACAAUAAACCUUAGAAAUGUCUGUUUUUAUCGUAUCUGUCUGUCUGUCUAAGAUGAAUGUGGAUAGUCGCAUAAGAAAGCAGUAACUGAAAACACACUGAAUUUGAUAUUGUUUAUUUUAUAAAUGGAGUAAGCUUAAGCACCAAAUUCAUAUGUACCGAGGCAUUGAUAAUAAGUUGUGUAUUAUGAUAACAGUAGCUGCCGAACAACUUUUGGUCAACAGACAUGAUAAGACGAUGAUUUGCUGAAUGAAAGUGUCAGACUGAAGUUAUUUAGUUUCAGACACUUUCCUGAAUAAAACUUGAAAUCUGCUAAAAAAUAUGUAAAGACUGCUUUAGGAAAAUUGAUCCAACAUGUAUAGUAUAUGAUUACUUCAUUUCAGACAGCUUGUUGAAAACGAAUGAAAAAGGCAAAAUUAGUGCAAUAAAAUUGUAAAAAGCUCUGUAGUUAACGAGUAGACGUGCUGUUUUUAUGUGAUACUGAUGUUUUCUAACAUCUCCUGAGUGUUUUUAUCAAACACUGGAACGUCUUGCCUCAUUUGGCCCCAAAGCUGCUCCUCCUCUCGCUGCCGCCUCCUCAAUCAUCAUCAUACUCGUCCUCACUCAUCAGAAGAGCAAACCUGUUGUUAAUGUCCUCUGUUCCUCCCCCCCCUCCUCCUCUUCCCCCCCUUCCUCUUCCUCCCCUUCCUCUCCCUCGUCCUCUCCC